AAUUCAUUCCCUUCGCCCCGCUUUUACUCGUCCCGUCUCUCUCUCUCAUAUUUAUAUACACAACACAAGCAUGGGUGAUGGGUGAAAUGUGUAUCUAUUACUACUAUAAUUCUCUUUUUCUCUCUCUACGCAUCUCAUUUUCUCUCUCCCACUAACACAUGCAUGCUAUCACAGUGCAACGAAUUUCGAAGAAACCACUCUCCCUCACACCUUCAACUUCUUCUAAUAAAAGACUUGUACUCUACUUCAAUCACUCUCAAAUAUAUCUAAUCUCUUUACAUUCUCUAUAACCAACUUUUCAAACCUUUUCUUCUUCAGAUCUCUCUCCAAAUAUGGCUUCGAUCAUCAUCCACUCUCUCUCUCUAACCAUCUUCUUCGCUCUCCUCUUCUUCCCAAACCCUACAUUCUCCGCAGACGUCCCCGAGUCCUCCCCUUCGCCGUCUCCGAUGGCCCCAGCGCCAUCCCCCGUCUCUCCGCCGGCGCCUCCUCCAUCACGUCUAUCUCCUGAUUCACCUUCUCCGGCGCCGUCUCCAGCGGACGAAGUCGGCGACUCGUCCAAUCACAAAGAGUCCCCGUCUCCUGCGCCGAUUGCGGCGGCAGACGCCGGCCAGGGCGAUAAAAUGCAUCUCGGCGAUUUGGAUCACGGAGAUGACUCCGAAGGCAUGAGCGGUGGGAAAAAGGCAGGGAUCGCGAUGGGAGUUAUUGCCGCUGGUUGCGUGGUAGGGAUAGCGGCGGUGGUGUAUAAGAAGAGGCAGCAGAACAUCCGGCGCGCGCAGUACAGCUACACCGACCGGAGAGAUUUUAUGUAGAUCAAUACAAAAAUAUAUGUAGAUUUAUGUUAUACACAGACCUGCAGCUUGCUACACUGUUACAUUGCUUAGUGUUUUAUUUUGCUUAAUUCUUUUGCUGCUUAUAAUUAAGAAUAAUAUUAAUAUUGCUGCUUUA